AUGGAUACUAUCACAAAAUUUCCCUUUACCCUCUCAAUUAGUUUAAUAACACUUCUUAUCUCUGUUCUUGUAACAACUUCAGAAUCAUCAUCUUCCCUAGAAAACUUUCUACAAUGUCUGUCAAACCAUUCUCCACCUUCAAACCCUGCAUCAAAUGCCAUUUACACUCCAAAAAACUCUUCCUUCUUAUCCAUCUUACACAUGCACACACACAACAACAGAUUUUCCUCGCCAACGGCACCAAAACCUCUUGCAAUUGUAACAUCCCUGCACGAGUCACACGUGCAGGGAAGUAUACUAUGUGCCAACAAUCAUGGCCUUCAGAUUAGAAUCCGAAGCGGUGGCCAUGAUUGUGAAGGCCUUUCAUAUGUAUCAGACGUUCCUUUCAUUAUACUAGACAUGUUUCAUCAUGAUUCAGUUAAUAUUGACAUUGAAAAAGGAACAGCAUGGGUUGAAUCAGGUGCAACACUUGGUAAACUUUAUUAUAGCAUUGCAAUGAAAAGUAAAGUUCAUGCUUUUCCAUCUGGGGUGUGUCCUACUGUUGCUACUGGUGGUCAUUUUUCAGGUGGUGGCUAUGGAAAUUUGAUGAGAAAAUUUGGUCUUUCUAUUGAUAAUAUUAUUGAUGCAAAAAUUGUUGAUGUUAAUGGUAAUAUUCUUGAUAGAAAAUCAAUGGGAGAAGAUUUGUUUUGGGCUAUAAGGGGUGGUGGUGGUGCUAGUUUUGGUGUCAUUCUUAAAUGGAAAAUUAAAUUGGCUCAUGUGACUCCAAAAGUUACUGUUUUCAAAGUGAAAAAGAGUGUGGAAGAAGGUGCUACCAAUGUUGUUUAUCAGUGGCAAAAAAUUGCAACCAAAUUGCAUAAAGAUCUUUUCAUAAGAGCUAUGAUUGAGGUAACUAAUGUUAAUGGUACUCAAAAGAGUGUAAAUGUAACUUUUAUUGGUAUAUUUUUAGGACUAAUUGAUGAAUUAUUGCCUUUGGUAAAUAAAAGUUUCCAUCAAUUAGGUUUGAAGGGAGAUGAUUGUAUUGAAAUGCCAUGGGUCAAUUCAACUCUUUAUUGGGCCAAUUACCCAAUUGGUACACGAAUUGAAGCUUUACUUGAUGUUCCCAAAGAUCCCCUUUUUUACAAUUUUAAAACCAUGUCAGAUUAUGUGAAGAAGCCCAUUUCAAAGAAUGGUUUGAAAUCCAUUUGGAAGUUUUUGAUUAAAAAUGAUUGUGUGCGGAUGGAGUGGAAUCCUUAUGGUGGGAAGAUGCACGAGAUUUCAGCAUCAGAAACUCCAUUCCCUCAUAGGGAAGGAAACUUAUUCUUGAUUGAGUAUUUGACAUCUUGGGGGGAAGAUGGGGUUGAUGCAAAAAAUCAUUACUUGAAUAUUUCUCAGUCAUUCUAUGAGUUUAUGACACCUUAUGUUUCAAACUCGCCUAGGGAGGCAUUUCUUAAUUAUAGAGAUCUUAAUUUAGGUCUCAAUUAUCCUAGUAAUGCAACAAGACUUGAUAUUGCUCGAAGUUAUGGGAUCAAGUAUUUCAAGAAUAACUUUCAAAGAUUAAUGAGUGUAAAAUCAAAGGUUGAUCCUCACAAUUUCUUCAGAUAUGAGCAGAGUAUACCACCUCAAAAAUAAAAUGUUUUG